UGUCGAACUCUCCAUAAUCACCUGUCCACAUUUGCUCAAGAAGCUGCCACAUAAGCCUUCAUUUCCACAAUAUAAAAUCUCAGUGUACCAAUCCAGAAACAAGCCACAUUUCCAAAAGCGAUUGCUGUGAAGUAACAGAGAUAGUAAUAGGAUGGAGAGUCGUCACCAACAACAGGGUCUUGGUGAGGGACUAGUUCAGGGUCGGCAUGAACAGCAGGCAUCUGGCACCAUGGUGGCUGUGGCGUCAAUCACAGGCUUAGCCAUUGGAGGGUCACUUCUUGGCUUGAUGGGGCUGAGCUUCUUGGCAUCAUUGACACUACUGCUUUUCAGCUCGCCACUCUUGUUGAUCUUCAGUCCUCUUCUUCUUUUUGGUGCCUUUGUGUUUGUGGGAUCACUCGCCGGGUUUGCUGCCGCUGCAGCCAUGGCUCUCAUCGGCAUGUCGGCUCUCGGGUGGCUUUAUCAGGAGGUUGGAGGCCAGAGGCUUCUGGAUUUUGGCGGCGGAGAUAUGACGAGUGGAGUGAAGGAACAGGGCAAGGGUUUGGGUAGAUAUAUAUGAAGCAGAUAACAAUGCCUGAACUUGUAAAUUUUGGUUUUUGCUAAAAUCAUCUGAAAACAAAAGAGAACAUAUAUGGGCUAUGAUAUUUGUACUUUCUCUCUUCAGGUAAAAUGUGGGAUUGAUCAUAUGAUCUACGGGGUUGUACUUGUAUCAAAUGUCC